GAGCGGUGGGCAAGGAUGGUUUGGGGCGAUAAAGCGAGCGGCGGUCAGGGAGGUUGCGAAUGGCUUUUUCUCAAACUUUAAAGAGAUGUUUUAGAGCAGAAACUUCCACCAGGGGAAGGUUAUUUCAGAAUAUUGAUCUUUUAAGGCGGAGAUCCUGGCAGCAUGAGUUUAUUACAUGUAUCUUAAAUGUCUUGUUUUGCUUCUGACAUUUUAAGCAAAGGUCUCACAAGUCUAUAUGCAUAAGUAUAUUUGUGUGUGGACCUUCAAUGAAGUAAGUUAAAAGAUUGGAGAGCAGUUUCUACCUCGCCUAAGUGCGCAGCUUAUAUACAACACAUUUAUUCAGAUUGAUUUUUUUUUUCAGAAAGAAAGGCAACUUGACUCCUAAUCUCCCAAAAUUUAUGCUUGAGAUAUCCUAAAAAGGUUAUAUAUGAACAUGCAAGGGUUAUCAUAUCUGACUGCUAAAGUCUAGAGAACCAGUAGGUAGCUGUGUGAAGUUAAGAUUUUUUUGUGUCACUUUGUCAAAAUGUUGUGAUAUUUGGAUGAUUGCAGGUGGGAGAUGGUAGCUCAAAUCAGCUCCCACUGCUUUUUAAAAUUGCCUUCCUUUGUCUAAUGCAUUGUUUCUUAACCUUAGUGGCUUUAAGAUGUGUGGACUUCAACUCCCAGAAUCCUUCUGUCAACAUGCUGGUUGAGGAAUUCUGGGAGUUGAAGUCCACACAUCUUAAGCACUAAUCUAAUAAGACAGACAUAAUGAGGUGUUGUUUUAUAUACAGUACUCUAAGACAGCAAGAAGAAGCCAAACAGGAAAGCUUUCUGUGAUUCUUUAGAAAAGUUUGCACAACUCAUUAAACCUGAAACAAGCCAAUUUUACCUUCAUGUGUUGUGCAAGCUACUCAUAUGCUGAAGUUUAUUGUUUAGGUAUUUGGAAACCCCAAAAUUGCAUUAGUUUAAAAACAUGGUGAGCUGUAUGUGUAAAUGAUGUGCGAGAAUAGGAAUUAUGUUUUAGGAUUGUGUCUAUAGAUGAAACAGUAUGACUGUUAUGACCAAAUUAUGAUAACGUUGCAUGAGUUGCUGGGGUUUAGUUUUAUUUUCAUCUCACAUUCUUUCCCCACAUAGUCUAUUAGCUAUUGUUGAAUAGAUGGCAUGUAGUUUACUAGCUGUUGUCUCACAGUGGCAAAUUAAAUACAGAUUGACUUGGUUAGUAUUGGAUGGGAGACCACUAGGAAAUUACAGGGCUGUGGGCAAGAUUGGAAAGAAAAAAAUCAAGAAGGCAGCAAUGCCUUAAGUACUUAUACAUUGCUAGCAAGUAAACAGAAGGCUGUGUUGCUAAGAAUUGAAUUUGGUUUGAGGGCAUCUUCAAUUUAUUAAUCAGUGAAGUAUUUAUAAUUGUCUAGAAGUCUUGGUAGUAAUGAGAUGAAGCAGGGUAUUGACAAGUAAUAGUAAAAUGAUUUUGUCAACAGCACAAAACAUUAGUUGGCUCUAAUUUGGCAGAUUUUGCAGUCAUGUUUAUAAACAAUCUUCAGGACAAUCUUCUGUGUAAAGAACCCUCUUUGAUAUGGGAUUUUCUGGAUUUUAAUAGCAAAAAGUCUGCAGUUACUUUUCUUUCUCAAAUUGAAGUAUUAUUGAUUGAUAUGCAUUGUAUUUGCUAUGCCUUUGCCUAUGUGUUUUGGAUUUUUUAAAUUUUGGUAUGGGUUCUUCUUUGAUUAUUGAUGGCAUUUACUGAUUGUUCCUUUAAGUUUCCUCCCCUAUUUUAUAGGCAUUUGGAAAUAUAUUCCUACAUGUAAUUAGGAACGUAUGACUUCUACAGACCAGUGGCAUGUUGGAGAUAGAUGUCUUGCACCUUUUCCUGAACUUGAGAAGUUUUGAGAUGCUACAGUAAUGUCUUAUGAAACAAAUAGCAAUGGGAAGUGUUUUGCCACAGUUUCCCUUGGGAAAAAUGAGGAAGAGAAAAUACUUGCAACCAAACUCUCGCAGAUCAAAACAAAUAAAAGUACAAAGAAUAAUUUAAUAUUGGAUGAUGAAGAUUUGGAAAAGCCUUAUUUCCCAGACCGAAGCCUGCCGUCACCAACAGUUGCCUUUGAGCUGUCCAACAAUGGGGAAGAGAUCCCUUAUACCAUUAAUAGAUACCUACGUGAUUAUCAAAGAGAAGGGGCCCAGUUUUUCCAUGGACAUUAUGUUCGUAAAAGUGGGUGCAUUCUUGGAGAUGACAUGGGCCUUGGGAAAACAAUCCAGGUUAUUUCAUUUCUGGCUGCAGUGCUAAAGAAAAAGGGAACACGUGCAGAUAUUGAAAAUAAUAUGCCUGAUUUUUUGCUACGAACGAUGAAAAAAGAAAUGUCAUCUGUUCCAAAGAAAAUUUUCUUGAUUGUGGCACCUCUUUCUGUGCUCUAUAAUUGGAAAGAAGAAUUAGAUGUUUGGGGGUACUUCAAGGUUAUAGUUCUGCAUGGCAACAGAAAAGAGCAUGAGUUAAAUCGAAUCAAGCAGGGAAAAUGUGAAAUUGUGCUAACAACCUCUGAAGCACUUCGCCUUUAUUUGAAUGAGCUUAACAGCUUACACUGGUCAGCUGUCAUUGUAGAUGAAGUACAUAGAAUCAAGAAUCCAAAAUCUCAGAUUACUCAGACAAUGAAGGCUCUAACGUGUAAAGUUCGGUUGGGACUUACUGGGACAAUUUUACAGAAUAACAUGAAAGAGCUUUGGUGUGUUAUGGACUGGGCUGUUCCUGGGCUCUUGGGUAGCGAAGCAAGUUUCAAGACAAAGAUUUCUGAUCCUGUAGAACUUGGCCAGCGGCACACUGCAACUAAGAGAGAGCUAGCCACAGGUCGAAAGGCAAUGGCAAGGCUAGCUCAAAAACUAUCAGGCUAUUUCUUAAGGCGUACAAAGGCUCUCAUCAGUCACCAGUUGCCCAAGAAAGAAGACAGAACGGUAUAUUGUUAUUUGACAGAGUUCCAGAGAACAAUUUAUAAGACUGUAUUGGAGACAGAAGAUGUGCAACUAGUUCUGCAGGCACAUGAACCAUGUAGCUGUAAUAGUGGCCAUAAAAGGAAGAAUUGUUGCUACAAAACAAAUGCUCAUGGUGAAACAAUGAAUGCAUUAUAUUUCAGUUAUUUGACAGUCCUUCGUAAGAUAGCAAAUCAUGCUGCCCUGUUACAGACAGAGAACACUAGCAAACAGCAGGAGGCCUACAUCACAAGAAUCUGCAGCCAUGUUUUUUCCAAGUUUCCUGAUUUUGUAGACCUUAGCAAAAAUGCUGCUUUUGAAACUCUUUCAGAUCCAAAAUAUAGUGGGAAAAUGAAAGUCCUUCAGAAGCUUUUAAAUCAUUUCAGAAAAAACAAAGAUAAAGUGCUUCUUUUUUCUUUUUCAACAAAGUUACUUGAUGUUCUGGAACAGUAUUGCAUGGCAUCUGGGCUAGAUUACAGAAGACUCGAUGGCCAUACAAAGGCAGAGGACAGGAUCAAAAUAGUAAAAGAGUUCAACAGCAUGGAAGAAGUUAACAUUUGCCUGGUUUCUACAAUGGCUGGUGGAUUGGGUCUUAAUUUUGUUGGUGCUAAUAUUGUCAUACUGUUUGAUCCAACGUGGAAUCCAGCUAAUGAUCUUCAAGCCAUUGACAGAGCAUACAGAAUUGGCCAGCGGAGGGAUGUGAAAGUAUUUCGGCUAAUUUCUUUGGGGACUGUGGAAGAGAUGAUGUACUUACGACAGAUUUACAAACAGCAAUUGCAUUGUGUAGCGAUUGGAAGUAAAAAUGCCAAGCGAUAUUUCAAGGCAGUUCAAGGAUCCAGAGAGCAUCAAGGAGAACUUUUUGGGAUUCGUAAUCUUUUCAGGCUUCAAGACCAUGGAUCCUGUCUUACAAAAGAGAUUCUAGAGAGAGAAGGCCAAGUAGAAGCUGGUGUCAUGACAGCUGCUACGUGGUUGAAAGAGGGAUCCCGGCCUCGUGAGGAGACAGAGUGCGAUUAUGAAGAUCAAGAUACAAAACCACUAGAAAAAGAAGGACUUGAGUCUUAUAGUGACUUCAGUGAUGAGGAGCAUGAGAAAAAUUCUAAGGUCCAAGCAAUAAGAAAGAGAAAUUACAAAGCAAAACAUGCCAUAGUUGCAGAGGGACAACUCAGUUUACUGCAGUGUGGAUUUCCUAAACUUCUAGAAAAGAAAACUAGAACAGCUGAGGAUGGCGGUUGCAUCGGGAUGUCUAUUGAUGAAAAUGCGGAUCACAGAUUUAUGAGAGGGCAAUCCAAAGGAAAGGCCCAGAUUGAUGGUUCUGUGAAAACUGAGGGCAGGUACAUUUCAGGAUGUAAGAAAACCUUGCUGUCACAAAUGAGUAUGGAGAGACAAGAGAAACAUGGUGAAAUAGCGACUAGGGCUUAUCCUGUUUUACCAUGCUCUGAGGAAGAAAAGGAUCGAUGUAAAAACUUGUACAACUCAAAUAAAGGUGGAAUAGUUAUGGACAUUGAAGACAGCUCAUGUGAAAGUGAUACUGUCUCUCCUACCCAAUUUCCUAAUGGUCAUGAAUCUAUUAAAAGAUUUCAAGAGAAAGACAGAAACUGUGAUCUUUUAGCUGCAGAAAAAAUGCAUUUGCUUACACCAUUGCAAAAACAUUUGACUUCAGAGGAGAGUUAUGCGAGUGUUCUGCCUUUCAGUAAAAUAAAACCAUUUGAAAACAUCCAAAAGAUAACAGCUAGGAAAGAAGUAAGUGAUAUUAGCGACGAAUCGGAAGAUAUUGAGAUGUCCCUUUCAGGAAAGCAGAAAUUAACCAGUACUGCGAAACAAAAACGAUUCCAGAGCAAGGAAAGAAAUAAGUCUUCUAAAACUGUUGUUCAUAGAAACAGUGCAAGUAGGAAAGCAAGCAAUGCUGAUUCUCAGAUUAUAGAGGAAUAUUCAUCAGAAGAAGAACAUUUUCCAGUUAAGACAUUUAAGGCUAGUAAAAAAAAACCAACACUGAAGGUCAAUAGGAGUGGCAUUCAAAUUAUGUCCAGAUUCUCACCAUAUCUCAAUUAUCCUUCUAUGACAUUGAGAACACACGGUAAUUCUAGCAGAUGGCAGUCUUCUGUAAACAAAGAGUCGCCCUCAGACCAAAGACAAAAAGUAGGAUCACUGGAUGGACUUUUUGAUAAUGUCGCUGAGGUUCCAUAUGUUCAUUCAAACCAAGAUGUGGUUGGCCCAAGCAAAGCUGAAAAUAAAAUGAGUCAUUGGGCAGUCCGAGAUGUUUUUGAACUACAACAAUUUUCCCAGCUCCCAGCAAACAUAGCAAUAUGCAGAGCCAAGAGAAGGAGACAGAGUCCUGAAGACAUUUCAUCAAGAAGAAAAAAUGUGAAGCGGGAUCAUUUAACAAGUGAAAGCAACAGGCCUCCUCUCCUUUAUAUUACACAUCCUGUACACCAGAAGCAGAAGGAGGUUCACCGGAUAGGCUCAAUUACCUUCCUGGUUGGAAAGACACCUAGAAAAAUCCGCAGGAAGCAGUUUGAGGAGAUGGCAGAUCUUUUUCAUAAAGUUCCUGUGGAAGAAUUUGCAAAGUACAUCACUCAAACUACAUCAGAAGAAAGGCAGAAAAUGCUAAAAGAAUUUUACAAUGCAAAAUAUCCAGAGUUAAAAGAUGUUUUAAAAGUUGAUGUCCCAGAUCCUGUUUCAGAAGGAAAUGGAGAAGGCAGCAAAUAUAAAACCAAGUUCAGGAAAAAAUCCUCCAUUUGUAACCAUGGGCAAUUGAAGCCUGAUCUUCCUAUAAAUCUGGGAGUUCCAGGUAGAUCUGAUGCUGAAGAAAAACAACUUCAGCAUAAGCUUUCUGUACAGGCUCCUGGGGGUCAAAAUGGGGAAGAUAAACAAUUGCCAGCUGAUAUUCUCGAAGACAGCAUUAAUGGGAGAAACAGUCAGGCAUCCAAAGACUUUAUGGCAUCUGAGUCACUAUCCAGUAAAUCAAGAAUAAUUGAGGGGCUGUCUGCAUGGAGUUCUAAAGGACAGCUGAAUUUGAAGGGGACACUGUCACCCAAAAAACUUCUUAUGUCUGACUCAGAAAGCAGACAGGCUGAAGUCUGCCAGAAAAAAGCUGUUGCAGACUUGCUAGGAGACACCUCCAUUUUAAAUGACCUCUUCACAAGUAAUGAAAAUAGUCCAGCCAAGAUACCCAGGAGGCCUUUUAAUGGGCCUGCCGAAAAAGCAGCAACUCGACAAAAAGAUUUCUGGGACAUGCUGAAUGAAGAGAAUGAGGAGUGUCUCCAAAGACUCACAGAUGUGACAGCCAUAGAGAAACUGUGUGAAAGAGCAUCUUUCACUUAUUUGUUCAAAGAGAAAGAAGAGAGUGAGAAAUCCCUUUGGAAAGAAAAUGACAAUUUCUUAUGGAAAAUAGAUAAGAAACCUGACACAGAUGAUGAAUUUUUUUCUGGUAUUUAAUGUGGAAUUUAAAUAUUGAGGGAAAAAAUAUUUUAAAAAAUGUUUACAGAUAUCCUUGUGUUACAUUUUAUUCCCAUAACUUACUUAAUGCACUUGAUUAAUUUAAAUUAAAUCAGUGUUUCUCAACCUUGACAAUUUUAAGGCAUGUGGACUUCAACUCCCAGAAUUCCACAGCCAGCAAUGCUGGCUGUGGAAUUCUGGGAGCUGAAGUCCAGAUGCCUUAAAAUUGUCAAGGUUGAGAAACACUGAGUUAAAUUAAACAGUUUAACUCAUUUCAAGCUUUUUUUAAAAAAAAUAAAAUAAAAUUUCAAGGAUAUCUUCCUUUCAGAAAUCUUACAAAGAAUACAUAUUUAUUUAAUUUUGAGCUGUUUUCUAUCUGUUUUAAGGAAGUUGCAAGAAAAGUAAAGGACA